CGGACAUGGCGGCCAACAUGUACCGGGUCGGAGAUUAUGUCUACUUUGAGAAUUCCUCAAGCAAUCCGUACCUCAUCAGAAGGAUAGAAGAACUCAACAAGACUGCAACUGGCAACGUGGAAGCAAAAGUAGUGUGCUUUUAUAGACGACGAGAUAUUUCCAACACGCUUAUAAUGCUUGCAGACAAGCAUGCUAAAGAAAUUGAGGAAGAAUCUGAAACAACAGUUGAGGCUGACUUGACCGAUAAACAGAAACAUCAGUUGAAACAUAGGGAACUCUUUUUGUCGCGCCAAUACGAAUCUCUGCCCGCCACACAUAUCAGGGGGAAAUGCAGUGUUGCCCUUCUGAAUGAGACAGAGUCAGUAUUGUCAUAUCUUGAUAAAGAGGAUACCUUUUUCUAUUCAUUGGUCUAUGAUCCCUCAGUGAAAACACUAUUAGCUGACAAAGGUGAAAUCAGAGUGGGACCUAGAUAUCAAGCAGACAUUCCAGAAAUGCUCUUAGAAGGAGAAUCAGAUGAGAGAGAACAGUCAAAAUUGGAAGUGAAAGUUUGGGACCCAAAUAGCCCACUUACAGACCGACAGAUUGACCAAUUUUUAGUUGUAGCCCGUGCUGUUGGGACAUUUGCUCGAGCCCUUGAUUGUAGCAGUUCCGUAAGGCAGCCUAGUUUGCAUAUGAGUGCAGCUGCAGCUUCUCGAGACAUCACCCUGUUUCAUGCUAUGGAUACGUUGUAUAGGCACGGCUAUGAUUUGAGCAGUGCAAUUAGUGUCUUAGUACCACUUGGGGGACCUGUUUUAUGCAGAGAUGAAAUGGAAGAAUGGUCAGCCUCUGAAGCUAGUUUAUUUGAAGAGGCAUUGGAAAAAUAUGGCAAGGACUUCAAUGACAUACGUCAAGACUUUCUCCCUUGGAAAUCACUGACUAGCAUCAUUGAAUAUUAUUACAUGUGGAAAACUACUGACAGAUAUGUGCAGCAGAAACGUCUAAAGGCAGCAGAAGCUGAGAGUAAACUGAAACAAGUGUAUAUCCCAACUUACAGCAAACCAAAUCCCAACCAAAUAUCCACCAGCAAUGGCAAACCUGGUGCUGUGAAUGGGGCUGUGGGAACCACGUUCCAGCCACAAAACCCUCUGCUCGGGCGAGCCUGCGAGAGCUGCUACGCUACACAGUCUCAUCAGUGGUAUUCUUGGGGCCCACCUAAUAUGCAGUGUAGGUUAUGUGCAACCUGUUGGCUCUAUUGGAAAAAAUACGGAGGCCUGAAGAUGCCCACCCAGUCGGAAGAGGAGAAGUUACCUCCUAGCCCAGCUACCGAGGACCCGCGAGUUAGAAGUCAUAUGUCUCGCCAGGCCAUGCAGGGGAUGCCAGUCCGAAACACUGGGAGCCCGAAGUCUGCAGUGAAGACCCGUCAAGCUUUCUUCCUUCACACUACAUAUUUCACAAAAUUUGCUCGGCAGGUCUGCAAAAAUACCCUCCGGCUGCGGCAGGCAGCAAGACGGCCGUUUGUUCCUAUUAAUUAUGCUGCCAUUAGGGCAGAAUAUGCAGACAGACAUGCGGAUCUAUCUGGAAGUCCACUGAAAAGCAAAAGCACUAGGAAGCCUUUGGCAUGUAUCAUUGGGUACUUAGAGAUCCAUCCUUCGAAGAAACCUAAUGUAAUUCGAUCUGCACCAAGCCUGCAAACCCCAACCACCAAGCGGAUGCUAGCCACCCCGAAUCACACGUCUCUGAGCAUUUUGGGGAAAAGAAACUACAGUCAUCACAAUGGCCUGGAUGAACUCACAUGCUGCGUGUCAGACUGAGCUAUUGCUGUUUAAUCUUAUAAUCCAAGACUUGCUACACUGUCCUGCUGAUGUCCAUAGCCAUGCCUGGGAAGGAGGCAGCCCCAUUCCCAGCGUGUCCCGGGGGAGACCUCCUCGUGCACCCCACGGAGCCUUGACCAGGCCGGGGAAGAGACUGCAGGAGCACCCGUCCCCGAAGCUGCAUCUCCUCUUGUGAAUCAGUGUCCCCUUGCUUUCCUCUAGAGACCUCGCUGCCCCAGAAUGGGACCUGCCUGGGGAAUUGAGGGGCUGGGGGAGCUACUCCGAGACCUCCUUCUCCGGCGCUCUGAACCCCGGGCACCGCGGCUCCGGGGCAGUGGGGCUGCUGCAGGCUCAGAGCCGCUGCCGCCCUGCAUGUGCCAGCUUCUCUCUGUCGCCGGCUGUGUCAGUGUGGACUCGAGGGAUACGGCAUGUUUCUAAACGGAUUUUUCUUAAGAAAUGUGCCAGUGUUGAUGUAGUUCAGGAUGUUCCCCCCCAUCCCAGCUGUCACUGUCCCUCGGCGUUUUCUCAGUAGGCUUCAUUCCCCAUUUUUUUAGUGGGGAAAUUUUGUCCUCCACCUCCUGCAUCCUGUAUUUGUCCCCCUACCUUCAUCCCUCCCAGGUACAGAGUUACCUGCGGUUCUGACAAAAGAUAAGCAAAUCGUCUUUGGGAAGCCUGUGGACUCUUUAUAUCAUCCGUGCUUUGUUGUUGGAAAGAGGCUGGCAUUCUCUUGGUUCUGCUUAGUCCCAGGCAGUCCAGCAAGAACAGAUAUUAACGUGAGCUGAGCAUGUGUAUCAUGGUGACCAGCUCUCAUGUCCUGCCCUGUUCUUUCACAGCCAAACCAGCUGCUGCAGCCAGGUUGGUCCUUCUAGGACUCCCAUUCAUCCAGGUUAAUUUUAAGCAGGUGGAGUCUGUGUGGCCUGUAAGGGUGAAGUGAGAGAGCUGUGUUUGCAGGUGAGUCUGUGUGGAAGCCCUGCCUCCGCCACCCUGGCAACCCAGCCGUUUCUGUGAGCACCUGUGCCUAGACCCCAGGAGACCUGUCUGUGACCCUGUUUCUGCUGUCUGCCCUGGUACAGGCCCUGCUGGCGUCACAGGUGGGCCACUCUGCCACUGUGUGUACACAGCUGCGGGGACAGGAAAACCUUAAUGCCCCGUUUGCUCCCCAAGCAGAUGUGAAUCUGCUGCUUCCCUGCCUUUGUUUGCA